UGUCAAAUAAAUACCUACUGCAACGCAGCCUAGCGAUCAGCUGUGAAGUAUUAUAAGAAUGAAGACGUUUCGUUUUGUGAAAUUUUAUAGAAAAUUAGUGAAACAUGGUCAGCUGCGUAGAUAUUGUAAUAAUGCAGAUGCUAAGAGCAAAACUGAAAUCGAAAAGAUUCGUAAUAUUGGCAUUUUGGCUCACAUAGAUGCAGGUAAAACAACGACAACGGAACGUAUGCUGUUCUACUCAGGCACUAUAAGGUCUAUGGGUGAAGUGCACCAUGGCAACACAGUCACCGACUACAUGGAGCAGGAACGCCAGAGAGGAAUUACAAUUACUUCGGCCGCAGUAUCAUUCCCAUGGCACGGAAGCCAGAUCAACUUAAUAGACACGCCCGGUCACAUCGACUUCACAAUGGAAGUGGAACAGAGUCUGGCUGUGCUUGACGGGGCUGUUGUGGUCCUGGAUGCUUCUGCUGGAGUGGAAGCCCAAACUCUGACAGUAUGGCGGCAAGCAGCCGGCUACCGUGUGCCUCGCCUGCUGUACCUGAACAAGAUGGACCGCAGCGACGCAGACGUGCAGCGCUGUGUGCGCUCCGUGCAGGACCGACUGCACGCGCAGCCAGUGUUGUUGCAUCUACCUGUGGUGCAUGAGGACAGGCUCAUUGGCCUAAUCGACCUAGUUACACGAGAAGAAAUAAUUUGGACACACGGCCGCGGACAGAGUUACACCCGACGGAAAUUGACGGAAAGAGACGGAAAACGGUUCGAGGAAACUCUUAGCAACCACCGACAGUUGGUCGACACUCUGUCGUCACUAGACGACACUUUAGCCGACACUAUUAUACAACAAGAGUCGUUAGAUAACUUGAAAAGCGAGGAAAUUGAUCAGGCCAUCAGGAGGUGUACGAUAGACAUGAAGGCGUUUCCCAUAUUGUGUGGAAGUUCGUACAAGAAUAUCGGGGUUCAAACACUAAUGGAUGCCGUUGUCUCUUAUCUACCGUCGCCUUUGGAGUGCAACAGGUUGUACAAAACCUUCGGCUCGGACUUGUCAGCACGAGCGUUUAAAGUGCAGCAUGAUGACCAGGGUGGAGUACUGACGUUCUUGAGGCUGUAUUCCGGGGAACUAUGCAAGGGGCAGCGGAUAUACAACCUCGCCAAGGAACAGAGCGAGCAGACAGGCGCCGUGUACGUGGCGCUGGCAGACGAGUACCAGCCGGUGGAGAAGGUGACAGCCGGGAACAUCGCAGUCGUCAGCGCUUUGAAGACGACGAUGACGGGCGACCUGGUGACGUCAACGCAAGCAGCCGCCUCCCGCGCCAAGACCCAGCUGGCAACACUCCUCAAGGAUCCUCAACAAGUGGAGCAGCUGAUGCUGCCCAGCGCCCGGCUACGGCUGCAGAACUUGGAAGCUGAACCAACAUCUGAAGAGUUAGCUAGUGUUCUAUUGGGAAUUGGUACAACCAUCCCCGACCCGGUAUUCCUGUGUUCCAUUGAGCCUCCGAGCGCGGCGUACCAGCCGGCGCUGGAGACUGCGCUAGCGGAGCUGCAGAGAGAAGACCCCAGCUUGAGGGUGUCUACUGACGAGGAGAGCGGUCAAAUUGUGCUGGCCGGAAUGGGCGAACUCCACUUGGAAAUAAUAAAAGAGCGCAUUAUCCGGGAGUACAAGAUAGAGGUAGAGCUGGGGCCGCUGCAGAUAGCGUACAGGGAGAGCCUGGUGGGGCGCGGCCGGCACAGCAUGGCCGUGGACCGCAAGAUCGGCAGCGCGCGACAGAUGAUCAAACUGACGCUCUCUGCCCUCACUGAAAGGGGCGUCGCCGCGCACAAAGUGCUCAAACUAGACAAGUCUCCGGAGAGUGCAGCCAACCUGGCCCACCUGCACCCCCGCUGCCUGGCCACCAUCAAGCAGGGCGUCGCCACCGCGCUGCUGCACGGACCCAAACUCGGGUGCCCGAUGUUAGACGUACAAGUGACCCUGCACUGGUUCGAGGUCGGGCGCGGCACCUCCGACUCGGUCAUCGCGGCGACAGUCGUGCAGUGCCUCAGGAAGGUGUUCGAGCAAGCAGAGUCGGUGCUCCUGGAGCCAGUGAUGUCGGUGCAGGUGGUGUCGCCGGAGUCCCACUCGGCGCGGGUGCUAGCCGACCUGGGCCGGCGCCGCGCGCUCGUGCAGCACAUCACCAUACGACACCACAACAAGGUGAUAGACUGCCUAGCCCCAUUAUCAGAACUACUGGGCUACUCGUCAACAUUACGCUCGCUUUCUUCCGGGCUCGCCAGCUUCACCAUGGAGUUCCACUCGCACCAACAGAUGUCGCCCCACGACGAGGAAGAGGCCGUCAGAAGAGUCACUGGCUUCUAGAAACUUCUAGAACGGUCUAGAAUGACGGAGAAUGUUCUGUGAUUUGUACACCUAAAUGGACGUGAUCAAAGGGAGUAUUUUUGUUUGACCCAUGUCGAAAAUACUUUUGUACUUAUAUUUAACUUAUUUUAUUUAAAUAUAAUAUCAAAACAAAUAAAUAUCUAUUCCAUUAUUAUCAAAGUUCCAAAGUGGAAACUUGACGUUGGUCGUAAACAUUUUAAAAAUAUCCUUUUUUUUCAUGUUUACGUUCAAAAAAAGGCACUGUUUUUGUAAAGUUUAUAUCCGCAAAAUAUUCGCACAAUUUUUGCGAAUGCAAAUACGAACUUCCAGAAAUAUGCGAUUAUACAGGGUGGCCCAGAAGUUCAGGUUCAAAAUGAAAAAUUAGAUAGAGGGGCUCAUUAGCUACCAGAAACACCCCCAUGCACCUUUAACAACGUUAGAAAGAAGCAGCUACAUUGUAUGAGAAUGUCAAAUUUUCCUUCAAAUCUGUCUGUCUUGCAAUCUUUGAGGGCUAAUUACUUAGUUUUAUGCCCUUAUUAAGGGUACUUUUUUUGGAUGUUUCUAAAAGCCUAUUAAAUGGAGCAGUUUUUGGAAAUACUUUCAGGGUCCAUGACAAUCUCAUGUGUUUAUUAUUCUUCGGCGAAGUUUAAACAACUGUAACAAUUUUGGUCGAAUUCUCACUUUGCCUUCUGAUAACUUUUUUUUUAUACUUGAUUUGACUUUGAUUUAUCUUUGAUUGAGCGGUACACAGCCUUAGGCAUAGUUUUGAAGUAAAAUAAAAUAAUUAUUAAGAAAGGGAUAGCGACAAAAUGAUUAUUUCUGAAGUAAGGUAGAAAAUCUAGAAAAAGGUACAAAAUGGGUCAUAUCUCCUAAACCGUAAAUAAUUGCUGAACAUACAUGGGGGUGUUUCUGGUAGCUAAUGAGCCCCUCUAUCUAAUUUUUCAUUUAAAACCUGAACUUCUGGGCCACCCUGUAUAUUCGCGAAUGUGAAUAUGAAUAUGCGAUACAUCAUAGAGAAGCUAGGCAAUAAUAGCCAAAGUAAUAUUCAUAUGCCAGUGAAGCGAGUCAUCAUCUCCCUAGCGUUAUCCCGUUUCCACGGGGUCCGCUUACCUAACCUGAAUAUUUGACAGGUCCGGUUUUUUAGAGAAGCGACUGCCUGUCUAUCCUUCCAACCCUCGAAGGAAAAACCAGCCCAAUACAGGUUAGGUCAAUUAUAAACGCAUUUCUCCGGAAUGUGGGUUUCCUCACGAUGUUUUCCUUCCGUUGAGCACCUGAUAAUUUAUAAUCAAAACAUGAAUUCGAAGACAAAAUCGAAAAGCAUUGGUUUAGGCCCGUGCUGGGAUUAAAACCUGCGACCUAACAGUGAGAAUCAAGCGUUCUAUCAACUGGGUUACCUCGGCUACACAAGCGAGAACCGAUUAGUCCCGUUGAGUCGCACCAUUUUGUGUAACACUGUUACCCAUUUGUAAAAAAAAUACCCAUUAGUAACA